AUGGCAGCGAAUGUUGGGAAAUUCUUCGAGUCGGUUGGCAACUUCUUCUCCGGUGGCGAUCAGAUCCCAUGGUGCGACCGUGACGUUAUCGCUGGUUGUGAAAGGGAGGUUUCUGAUGCUCAGAAAGGUUCCUCUGAUGAAUUUUUUAAAGAAUGUAUCAUGCGAUUAUCAUGGGCUCUUGUUCAUUCAAGACAGCCAGAAGAUGUGCAACGUGGGAUAGCAAUGCUUGAAGCCUCUGUGGCUGAUGCUAAUUCUAAUGCUAAUGCCAGCCCUCUGCAAUUGAGAGAGAAGCUGUAUCUUCUUGCUGUUGGGUAUCACAGAAGUGGUGACCAUUCUAGGAGUAGGGAACUUGUGGAACAGUGUUUGAUGAUUGCACCUGAUUGGAGGCAGGCACUGACCCUUAAGAAAAUGAAUGAAGACAAGAUCAAAAGAGAUGGUGCGAUUGGCAUAGGUAUUGCCGCAACUGCUGUUGGACUCAUUGCUGGUGGAAUUGCAGCAGCUGUGGCUCGCAAGAAGUGA